AGAUAAAAAGCCCACGGUGGCCCAGCAGCUCACAGCAUUCCCUUCUUGCCCUCUCGGCCUGCCCUCCAGCCCCUCUGCAGCUAUGAGGUCCUCUGUGUCUCGGCAAACAUACUCCACCAAAGGGGGCUUCAGCUCCAACUCUGCCAGUGGAGGGGCUGGGGCUGGGACUCACACCAGCUUUAGCUCAGUGACGGUGUCCCGGAGCAGUGGCAGUGGUGGCAGGGCCCGCUGUGGCCCCAGUACAGGUGGCUUUGGCAGCCGGAGCCUCUAUAACUUGGGGGGCCACAAGAGCAUCUCUGUCAGUGUGGCUGGAGGGGCCUCUGCGGGGCGGGCUCUGGGAGGCUUCGGCUUUGGCAGCAGGGCAUUUACUGGACUGGGGGCUGGCAGGCAGACGUUCGGGCCCACCUGUCCUCCUGGGGGGAUCCAGGAGGUCACUGUCAACCAGAGUCUGCUGACUCCCCUCAAUGUGGAGAUCGACCCCGAGAUCCAGCGGGUGCGCACUCAGGAGCGCGAGCAGAUCAAGAUCCUCAACAACAAGUUCGCCUCCUUCAUUGACAAGGUGCGGUUCCUGGAGCAGCAGAAUAAGGUGCUGGAGACCAAGUGGGCGCUGCUGCAGGAGCAGGGCCAGAACCUGGGUGGCACCAGGAACAACCUGGACCUCCUGUUCGAGGCCUACCUGGGCAACAUGCGGAGCGUGCUGGACAGACUUCAGGGCGAGCGGGGAAGGCUGGACUCCGAGCUCAGGAACGUGCAGGACCUCGUGGAGGACUUCAAGAACAAGUACGAGGAUGAAAUCAACAAGCGCACUGCUGCCGAGAACGAGUUUGUGGUGCUCAAGAAGGAUGUGGAUGCAGCAUACAUGGGCCGGAUGGAUCUGCAAGGCAAAAUGAACUCCUUGACCCAGGAGAUUGACUUCCUGCAGCAACUCUAUGAAAUGGAGCUGAGCCAAGUGCAGACUCAUGUGUCUGACACCAACGUGGUGCUGUCCAUGGACAACAACCGAAACCUGGACCUGGACAGCAUCAUCGCCGAGGUCAAGGCCCAGUAUGAGCUGAUUGCCCAGAGGAGCCGGGCUGAGGCCGAGGCCUGGUACCAGACCCAGUAUGAGGAGCUGCAGGUGACGGCUGGGAAGCAUGGGGACAACCUGCGGGACACCAAGAACGAGAUUGCUGAGCUCACCCGCACCAUCCAGAGGCUGCAGGGGGAGGUGGAUGCAGCCAAGAAGCAGUGUCAGCAGCUGCAGACAGCCAUUGCGGAAGCGGAGCAGAAAGGGGAGAUGGCACUCAAGGAUGCUCAGAAGAAGCUUGCGGAUCUGGAUGUGGCCCUGCACCAGGCCAGGGAGGACCUGGCCCGACUGCUGAAGGAGUACCAGGAGCUGAUGAAUGUGAAGCUGGCCCUGGACGUGGAGAUUGCCACUUACCGCAAGCUGCUGGAGAGCGAGGAGAGCAGGAUGUCUGGAGAAUGUCCAAGUGCAGUCAGCAUUUCCGUGACUGGGAACUCCACCACUGUGUGCGGAGGUGGUGCAGCCGGAUUUGGAGGUGGCAUUUCCCUGGGUGGCAGUGGGGGGGCCACCAAGGGUGGGUUCAGUACAAAUGUGGGCUACAGCACUAUCAAGGGAGGGCCCGUCUCUGGGGGCACCUCCAUCCUGCGGAAGACCACCACGGUCAAGACGUCCAGCCGGAGGUAUUAGCUGCUGAGCCCUGCAAGGGCCCCUGCAAUCUUCUCCCUUCCCUCCUCACCCCACCUCUGCUGCCAUUCUUAGCCACUUCUCAGGAGCAGGAACAGCCAGGGGACCUCAGAUCCAGGGUACUUUCAUACCAGACUAUUUGCAUUUUGGGAAGUGCUCAAAUCGACUCAGGUUUUCUCCUUGGUUCCGCGGUAGGAUGGGAGGGGAGGUUAAAGUUACCAGCUUGAGUGAUAUGCUUGGGUGACUUGGGGAUGGUCUUUUGACCACUGAGAGGAGGCUCAAUUUCCCAAGCCAUUAGGAGAGAGAGAAAUUGGGAAUGGUCCCUAAAGACCCUUCAACCUCCCCAGUCCCCCACCAGACCCACCCUCUCCCUGAAUCUACCCACAUCCCCCUUCCCUGUCUGUGUCUCAAUAAAGGGAACAACUGCGGCUAGCUGUCUGUGGCUGCAGUCUGUUCUGCCUGGGGAACUGAAA